GUGAGAGAGAGAGAGAGAGAAACAGAAAGGGGGGGGUGAGGGAAUGUUGGACUGCAAUGGAGCAGAAUGCCAUACAGUGGUUAGGCCCGCCGUGCUGCCUGCGAGGCUCCUUCGCCUUCUACAAGUCGGUGAGCUGCAGGCCCGACGCUGGCGGCCCCGUUCAGGUCUGGAGACUCGGUGAGUUCUACUAUGUGCGCUGUGGCCCUCAGGAGCCGGUGUGUAUCGCCGAGAUCACUCUGCUGUGGGAGGAUCAGAGACAGCGUCACCCUCUGGCCAGCUCCAGACUCUAUUACCUACCGGAGGACACGCCCAAGGGCAGGACUAAGGAACACGGAGAGGACGAAGUUAUCGGCGUUUCUAAGAAGGUCGUGGUGCGAGUGGAGCAUCUGGUGAAGUGGACCUGUCCGGAGCAAUCUCAGUGGAAACACCACAACACCGUGAACGUCACUGACCCUCGUGUACUGAAUGGUUCCUCCUGUUUAACUGAUCCACAGGAAGUGAAAACCAAAGAUGAUGUUUCAGGAGUUCAGCACAGGGUUAAGGUGCUCAGCUACCCGCAGUACUGCCGCUUCCGCUCGCUGCAGAAACGGAUCCAGAGCCACGCGGCCCGGCCCAGCCCGCAAGACCCUCACCUCCUGGCUUUGGGCUGGAUAAAAAUGACUCUACACAACACACGCAUCCUGUACUGCAGAGACACUUUCAGCCAUCCGAGUCUCGGCACCAACCCCAGUUUAACGCCCGAGUUUGGAUGCCUGUCCGUAAGCCUGAAAGGACGACCGCGGAAACGCCGGGGCAGAGACGGCGACGGAACCGAUCAGCAAAUCCUCAACCAUUCCGAGUCAUGGGGAGAGAGAACAAAGGAAAAUGUCAUGAGCAAUGUGGAGACGACAGACGGUCACUGGCUUCCUCAUCCUGAGGAGAAGAUCUUUCUGGAUCAGCUGUAUCUCUUCAUGGAGCGCAGAGGUUCCCCCAUCUGUAAGGUUCCUAACCUGGGCUUUAAAAAGAUCGAUCUUUUCCUGAUGUACUCGGUCGUCAAUAAACUGGGAGGAUAUGAAGCGGUGACCUCUCGGCGCUUGUGGAAAGUGGUAUACAAUGAGUUAGGAGGAAGUCCGGGCAGUACCAGUGCUGCCACCUGUACCAGACGACAUUAUGAAAAGUUGAUUCUGCCGUACGAGCAGCACGUAAAGGGAGGAAACCAACAGCUGAACAAACCCAAAGCUCCGCCCACUCCGGCGUCUGCGUCCAUCAGGAAGGCCGUGCGAGGGAGAGUUCAGAGCGCUCCAAGGAAGAUCGGGGUCAUUAUUCAGGCAGCACCACCAGAUGGCGCCAGGGUACGGAAAAGAGGACGACCUCCCGGUAAAAGGAGCGUUAAGGUUCUGGCUCGGGGCAGAGUCGGUAGACCCUCGUCACAUACUAAAGCUUUAAGUGAGAAGAUAGUAAGUAAAGUCCAACCGAUCACAGUCAUCCAGGAAGUAAGGAUUUCUCCAGCCCCCGAAACCACCACCCACGUUCCCCAGCAGCAUCAAGCUCCGGAUGAUAUCAAGAUGAAGCAGGAGAAUGAACCUUCGUCUCCUUGCUUAUUGUCUGGACAAUCUAAGCUACAGAUUGGGGGCUCAUUGGAAGGGUUUAGCCCGACUAAAGGGAUGUGUCCCAUGGACUUCUUCAGAGCUCAUUGGGGCCUCAGUGGUGUGACUGGUCCAGAGAGAACUCAGGAGGCCUCGAUCACAAGCCAGACCAAAGCCAGGAGUCCAGAAACACCAGAGAAUUUGCAGCACCAGUGUUCUGGAUGCAACUCCGCUCAUCCUUCAUGGACCGGAGGCCCAAGAGAGGGCCUGACAGCCAGACCUCAGCUGCCUCCUCUGAAGAUCCUCCCAUUGGACAUUGAUUGUAGCCUUCAGUUGCACCAGCUGAUGCACACUCGCAUCGGCACGGCACAUAUGAACACGUUCACCAAGCGUCUCUCAGAAGCGUUGGCUCAGGAUCUUAGCAAGACCAAUGGCCAUGCUGUGCCUGUUUCUCAGGAGCAGGCUGUGCCUCUCAACCUGAGCAAGAAGCCCACCACCAAGAGGUCUUCGGAUGAUGUGGAUUCCCAGUGGCAAAGAGACUCUGAGGCCAAGCGGCUGAAGAUGGAACCCAUAGACCUUCGCCUGACUCUGAAGCAGAACGAAGGUUCCUCAGGACAAACGUUGGUCCAGGAUGAGCCAGCUGACCUGAGCUGUCCACGGAGGGUCAGGGCUCUUCAGGACCGGACUAGCUUAGACUUGACUGGAUCUCAGGAUUCACAUUUAUCUCCGAAAUCCGAUCUUAAUCCUUCCACAGACUGCAUUUUUCCUUUGAGCGUCGUCUCGUCAUCGGGCACUGCUCUGAAAUGGCAGGAAAACGAUUUGAACCCCGCGGAUCUGAAGUUGGGAGAGACCCCGGAGAGACUUAAGGUUAAUCACAACACAGAAACUUGCCCUAAAGCUGAACAGCUCUCCCAACAUAUUUCUUACAAAGAUUCCAACACAAGAGAUUAUAAAGUUCCAUCUCUCCUUUCCAAGCCAUCCAAAAGCUGUUGACCUGCAGACACGAAAGCAGACCGGCGUCAAACCCAAACUUUCUGGUCCUCACUCCUCUCCCUAUACACAUCCUCACCGGACACUUUAAUAGUUACACCAUUCCUUCGUUCGUUGAUGCAACCAAUCAUGUGGCCGCAGGGCUUCAGUAAAUGUUCCUGAUAGCUGAUCGUAGCAGAACUCGAUAUGGCUUCAAGCUGUUGUAGCUCAUCAGUUUGAAGGUUCUGGGAUUUGAGAUGCUGUUCUGCUCACUACAGAUGUAAAGAGUGAUUUAUUUGAGUUUCUGAAGCUCAAACCAGUUCAAAUCAAAUCUAUAUUUUUUUUCCUGAUGUUUCAAUUGAAUGUUACCUGAAGACCUGAAUCUGCAUUAUUUCGGUGCCUGAUGUGCUGCACUGCUGCUAGCUGAUUUUGACAAUCAGCAUAAAGAAGCAGGGGUACAGCUGUCCCUAUUAAAGUGUCCAGAUUCGGACAGUCCUGCUUUUAUGCCAAGUCUCUCAAACACUACUACUGUACUCCUUCUGGUCUGGGCUUCUUUUUUUUUUCUUUCCCCCCUAACAAAAGACCAAUUGUUUUAUGCAGUCAAGUCGAGAGGCUCAGCCACGAAGGUCUAGUAACGGGACAUGCUGUUAUUUUGGACAAUACAGGAAUUAUGAAUCAUAUAUUUUAAGAUAACUUGUAAAGCUCACAUUGCAACUCGUAGAUACGCGUGUUAACUUAAAAACCUGGUUCCACAGGAAUCCGAUGGCUACUGUAGCUUAUUUUGGUCAUUCUACAGUCAUCAAUAUGCUAUUUUAAGCUUUAUUAAGCAUUCUUGCUUUAUAUUUCGUCAAUCGUCUUUUAUUCCCUUUUUGUUUUAUUUCCUUAAGUGCCGUCGGUUUUACCUUUCAAUCUUUUUAUACAUUUCCUCAGCUAACCGAAAGCUAACAAAACCGUACACGUUCUUUGUCCUGCAUUUGCAGACUGUUAUGUUUGGUGGUUGUUUAUUAAACUGGUGCAAUUAGUAGUUUUUUCGUUUUCAAUGGUCCAGUGAGAACCAUUUUUAAAGGUUUUUUAAAGGGCAUUGAUAUAGAUCUAUGUACACAUACUUAUUAUUAUUAUUAUUAUUAUUAUUAUUUUAUUUUUUUGUUAAAGGCUUUAACGUAGAUGAAUAAGGACACGUUCUUGGUCAGCAAAGGCUCGUUUUCUAUCUUUCUUUCUGAAUGCAAAAUUCCUAAACAUGUUUACAGCGCAGACGUUAUGGACACGUCAGGAGCAGUUUGAUACGCGACAUGAAAUCGUAAGCAGAUUUUCGAAAAAAAUGUUGUAAAAGAAGAAUAUGACUUUGCAGAUUAGACAGAGAUCAGAUAAUCCUAUACAGUUAGAUCUGUUUAUUUUAAUAAAAAAAUGCAUACUUUA